GGGCUCGAGGCGAGGAGAUGGGCAGGGGGUCCGGGUGUGGCGCUGACCGCCCUCGGUGCCGGCAGGUGCGGCCCGGAACCAUGGUGAUCAUGUCGGAGUUCAGCGCGGCCCCCGCGGGCUCGGGCCAGAGUCAGCAGAAACCCCUCCGGGUGGGCUUUUACGACAUCGAGCGGACCCUGGGCAAAGGCAAUUUUGCGGUGGUGAAGCUGGCGCGGCAUCGAGUCACCAAAACGCAGGUUGCAAUAAAAAUAAUUGAUAAAACACGGUUAGAUUCAAGUAAUUUGGAGAAAAUAUAUCGUGAAGUUCAGCUCAUGAAGCUUUUGAAUCAUCCUCACAUCAUAAAGCUUUAUCAGGUGAUGGAAACAAAGGACAUGCUUUACAUUGUCACCGAAUUUGCAAAAAAUGGAGAAAUGUUUGAUUAUUUGACUUCCAAUGGCCACCUCAGCGAACACGAAGCACGGAGGAAGUUCUGGCAGAUCCUGUCGGCCGUAGACUACUGUCACAGCCAGCGCAUUGUGCACCGGGACCUCAAGACAGAAAAUCUGCUGCUGGACGCCAACAUGGACAUCAAGUUGGCAGAUUUUGGAUUUGGGAAUUUCUACAAGGCAGGGGAGCCUCUGUCCACGUGGUGUGGGAGCCCCCCAUAUGCAGCCCCUGAAGUCUUCGAGGGGAAGGAGUACGAAGGCCCCCAGCUCGACAUCUGGAGCCUGGGCGUGGUGCUGUACGUCCUUGUCUGUGGUUCUCUCCCUUUUGACGGGCCCAAUCUACCGACUCUGAGACAGCGAGUGCUGGAGGGCCGGUUCCGCAUCCCCUUCUUCAUGUCCCAAGACUGUGAGGCGCUGAUCCGCCGCAUGCUGGUGGUCGACCCCGCCAGGCGUAUCACCAUCGCCCAGAUCCGGCAGCACCGGUGGAUGCGGGCUGACCCCUCCCUGCUGCAGCCAGUCUCUCCAGCCUUCUCCGGAUACAGCCACGACUCCCAGCUGGGUGACUGCAACGAGCAGGUGUUGGGCAUCAUGCAGACCCUUGGCAUCGACAGGCAGAGGACCGUGGAGUCCCUGCAGAAUAGCAGCUACAACCACUUCGCAGCCAUCUAUUACCUCCUCCUGGAGAGGCUCAAGGAGUAUCGGCACACGCAGUCGUCAGCUCGGCCUGGGCCUGCCAGGCAACAGAGGCCCAGGAGCUCGGAUCUCAGCGGUUUUGAGGUGCCUCAGGAAGGCCUCUCCACCGACCCCUUCCGCUCCUCCCUGCUGUGCCCACAGCCCCAGACCCUGGCACCAUCCGUCUUGCAGGCUGAGAUGGACUGCGACCUCCACAGCUCACUCCAGCCCCUGUUCUUCCCGGUGGAUGCCAACUGCAGUGGAGUGUUCCAACACCGCUCCAUCUCCCCCAGCAGCCUGCUGGAUACAGCCAUCAGUGAGGAGGCCAGGCCGGGGCCAGGCCUGGAGGAGGGGCAAGAAGCUCAGAAACCCUUGUCCAGUAGCAGUGGCCGGAGACACACCCUGGCCGAGGUGUCCACUUGCUUCUCUCCGCUCACCCCUCCAUGUAUAGUCGUCUCCUCCACUGCGGCCAGCCCUUCCGAGGGCACCAGCUCCGACAGCUGUCUGACCUUCUCUGCCAGCGAAGGCCCCCCAGGGCUCGGAGGAGGCCUGGCCACUCAGGGACUGCUGGGCACCUGCUCUCCAGUCAGGCUGGCCUCACCCUUCCUGGGGACACAGUCCGCCACUCCUGUGCUGCAGGCCCAGGGGAGCCGGGGAGGAGCUGUCCUGCUCCCUGUCAGCUUCCAGGAGGGACGGAGGGCAUCAGACACCUCACUGACUCCAGGGCUGAAAGCCUUUCGGCAGCAGCUGCGGAAGAAUGCGAGGACCAAAGGCUUUCUGGGGCUGAACAAGAUCAAGGGGCUGGCACGCCAGAUGUGCCAGCCUUCCAGCCGGGCCAGCAGGAGUGGCUUGAGCACCCUGCACCCUCCUACACCCAGCCCGGGUGGUCAUGGCAGUGGAGCCAGUGGUCGGGAGGGCAGGAGCCUGCUAGAAGAGGUUCUGCACCAGCAGAGGCUGCUCCAGCUGCAGCACCACCCGGCCACCACGCCCAGCUGCCAACUGGCCCCACCACCGCCCCCGGCCCCACUCGUGUUCCCUGCCUGUGAUGGCCUGCUGACGUCGGGGCUCCCGCUGUUGCCAGCCCCACUCCUCCAGGCUGGCAUCUCCCCGGUGGUGUCAGCUGCACGGCUCCUGGACACCCACCUGCACAUCAGCGCCAGUCCAGCCGCCCUCCCCACCACAUCCCUGCCACCACGCCUCACCCUGCUGGCUCCAGGCUGCGACCCCGUGGGGCUGCCACUUGGGGACUGUGAGAUGGAGGACCUGACCUCUGGCCAGCUGGGGACAUUCGUCCUGGUGCAGUGAGGACAGGGCCAAGCCCCCGUCCCCACAUGGCCAACAGAUUCUUUGAAGCAAUAAUUUUAGAGUAUGUGAAGAUGUUUCUGGACUCAAAGCCAAGAACUUUCUAGAAGCGAACAAGCAAUACGUUAGGUGUUUGGCUGUUUAUUUUUUGUUAGUUUUGUUUUCCUUUUGCACUGAGUGACCUCAACUACAAAUAGGGACUGGAAACUUUCUGAAGAAAAAUAAUAGUCGAGGGACGUGUCAUGUGGGCCGGUGGACAGGAGGGGAGGCAGGAUGGAAGGAAGCUCUCAGCCAGCACCACUGUGCAGAUCAGGCGACAGGAUGGGGAGGCAUGCAGCAGCGGACUGCGGCUCCUUUGUCCACAGCUCCCUUUGCGGUCGUGAGAUGAUGCCUUCAACACCCAUAGGGACCGUGGGUGCAUUGCCAUCGUGUACACAUGUGUGCUCGAUUAGUUUCCUGUUUUUAGUUAACAGUUCUCCACUUCCUGAAACGUUUCUGCUUCAGUGAAAACUGUGAGCUUUCUGCUUUACGUAUCGGUUUCAAUACUGGUUUAAUGGUCAGCUAGGCAAAGAUAACGUACAGGUUCUUCAGUUCCUCUCCCUCGAAGUUGUCCCAGAGGAUAGCUUCCUUUAUCUUAAAUGAAAAGUUUUCUAAACUGUGCGCAGAGUCAGCUUUCCGGGCCUUUUGGGGUGGGGGCCCUGGCCUGAGGGCCUCCGGCCUGGGCAAGCUGAGGAGUUUCCUCCUGCUGCGCGUUUCAUUUCUGCUGCUAAUUACAUGUUUAUGCAUUUCGUCGUCAGGGUCCAACAAGAACACCUGACUGGGGGGAGUCCUGCGGUGGGGUGUGAUGGGGUGACGACUGUAGGGUAGGGACAGGUGGGAGUCAGCCCUUGGCCCUGGACCAUGCCUACCCUGUGCCCAGACCUUCCCUAGUAAAAGAGCCCCCACCUCCAGGCCUGGGCUCUUGUUCGGCCCUUAUUGAAGGGACGUGAAACGAGAGGUUUAGGUCAGUGUUUUUAAAGCUUUGCUUCUUUUUUCUUUUUAAGCAAAUACUGUAUUUGUAUAUAAUAGGAGACAAAAACACUACUUAUUUUUUACAUUUUGUACUACACUUUUGUGUUCCCGGUUCCGACUUCCGACUUCCCUCUCGGUCACCUUCAGGAGCAUCCGGUCAGCACCAGGUGUGUGUGUGAGGGGGACCACCCUCCCUCAGCACUGGGUGCUGGUGGCUGGGAAGGAGCGGCCUCACCUGGCAGGUCGGGCUUCAACAGGUAGACUCAGGCGGUGGCUCAUCCGUCGGAAGCCUCUGGAAUGAGACAAAGGACAACUGCUGCUUCCCACUCGCCGCCACAUACCCGCCCCUCUACCUAACCCAGGUGCCUUCAGCUUACUUUGGCUUCAUACAACCUGCAGUAUUACACAGAGGUCGUUAAGAAAGGGGAGAAAUGAGGUUUUUCAAGCCAAAGAAUGACCAAGUUACUUGAGGGUAGGAAGGAAGGCCAGGUGCUGCAGCAUCGUCACUGCCCGGCCGGGCCGGUCGGUGCACUUGUGUCUGUGCUGUCUGCAGAGCGCCACUGCCACUCGGCCACCUUUCCCACUGCUGCUGCUCUGUGGCUGUGAUGGGGCAGAGGGCUGUCCCCCAGGGGCUGGGCCCGGUGCCUUGCUGCAGAGGAAACACCAAAGUCUCCUGCUAACUUGUCCAGAAGUCUUAGGCACGGGGGAGAGAAUCCAGACCGCCCCGGACAGCCGGGCGCUUUGCCUUUGUUUUUACAGAGUUAGCACAACAGACUCCAACACAGAGCCCUCCCCUUUCUACGAGGAUUCUGACCCAACGCCAUAGAUCAAAGGCCUCAGAAAUCGCCGCGUGUCUCCUCUUGGAAGCGAUGACAAGCACUUUACUUUCAUAGUGGUUUUUGUUUUCUCUUAUUGCUGUAGGACCUCUUUUGGGGGGGAAACGGUAAAGUCGUGUCUGUGUUUUUCGUUUUAAGUGCGUGCUCCAUGUGUUUCGUAGAUUUCUCCAGAGAGCUGUUCUACAGACUGAAUGCAAUAGCCUAUUUAAAGACACUAUGUGAUCUGACUGAGAUGUAUAUAGUUUGUUUGGGUUUUUGUUUUUUUUUUACCAUAACUGAAUUGAUUAUUUUAUUUCUUAUGUUAACAUGAGAAAUGUAUGCCAAAUGAUUAGUUGUCCGUUUUUUAAUUUAAUAUUUAAAUAAAAUAUUUGGGGGAAAAACCUCGAUUGUUUCUCUUGG